GCUCGACCAGACCACAUCUUAUUUUCACAAUUUCCGAAAGGAAAUCAUUUGAAAACGCCGUCUUGCUGCUACUGAGCCGACCAAUACCGAGUUUUGCGUUUGCGAGAAACUAAAUGCAUUUUAAUAUUAACCUAUCGUCAUCGAGACAGACGCUACAAAGACAAACAAAAACAACUACAAUGCAAUGAAAACAUGACAGUGAUCACGUCUCACUAGAGCCAGUAGCAGCAGACAGAAGUUUUAUACGCACGUCCGCUUCGUUGGAUAUAAAAAAUCUAUUUAUAGAUUCAGUUUCAAGUUCUUCAAACAGAUUUGUGCCUUCCAGUACAUCACUACGUUUUAUCAUGAGCAAGUGAAUUAUCGCUUAACUGUGGAAACCGCUGAUAACUCUUCAAAUAUUUAUCUGUAAGGGCAAUAACUGGGCGUGUUGUUUUUUUUUACAUUUCAAUCACGUCCACCAGACCGCAUUCACUCUACUUUACUACUAGUUGGGUUCGAGUCUGAGUAAAGCAUUGUUUGAAUUUGUAAAUUGAAGAAGUGAAAACCAAAAUGAGUGACGAAGCUCCUCAAUCAACGGUUCAGAAAUUGUUGAAGGUAGUUGUCCCGCCGCCGGAAAGUGCCGGAAGUAAAAUAACAAUCGUAGGCGUUGGCCAAGUGGGAAUGGCUUGUGCCUUCAGCAUUUUAACACAGAACGUCUCCAGUCAUGUUUGUUUAAUUGAUUGUGUCGAAGAUAAACUAAAAGGGGAAAUGAUGGACUUGCAACAUGGUUCUGUUUUCAUGAAGAACGCAAAAAUUGAAGCUAGCACAGAUUAUGCAAUUAGUGCAGGUUCAAAAAUAUGCAUAGUCACAGCUGGAGCUAGACAACGCGAAGGUGAAUCACGUUUGGAUCUUGUCCAGCGCAAUACGGACAUUAUGAAAUUCAUAAUCCCACAAUUAGUUAAACAUUCACCAGAUACCAUGUUGUUAAUUGUUAGCAACCCCGUUGAUAUAUUGACUUACGUGGCUUGGAAGCUCAGCGGAUUACCCAAGAAUCGCGUCUUUGGAUCCGGGACCAAUCUGGACUCUUCUCGAUUUCGUUUCUUGAUUUCCCAGAAGUUGGGCAUAGCACCCAGCUGUGUUCAUGGGUUUGUUAUUGGAGAACAUGGAGAUUCAAGCGUUCCAGUAUGGUCGGAAGUAAACGUAAGCGGAAUUAGACUUUGUGAACUUAAUCCGAACCUCGCCGGUUGUAGUGACCCUGAAAAUUGGGCUAAAAUACAUCAAGAUGUUGUUGAAAGCGCAUAUGAAGUGAUAAAACUGAAAGGAUAUACUUCAUGGGCAAUCGGUUUGAGCGUCUCGAAUAUUUGCAACGCCAUUUUUAGAAACACGCAGAGUAUUAAAGUUGUAUCCACUCAUGUACAGGGAAUUCAUGGUGUUACCGAAGAUGUAUUUCUGUCCCUGCCGGCUGUCCUGGCUGGAAAUGGUGUUAGUCAAGUGGUCCUUCAAGACUUGACCGAUGUGGAGAAGGGUAAACUUAAAAAGUCCGCUGAAUUAAUACAAGAAGUUCAAAAUGGUUUGCAAUAUUAAUAAGAUACCAUUGUGAAUAAUUUAUAUAUUUGUUACCUAUUGAUGAAACUAUUUUUAUCAAUGAUUAAUACGUAUUUAACCUACAUUGGAAAAUAUACACAUCAUAUCCUCGAAA